GUAGAGGCAGAGUGAAGAGAGAGAGAGAGAGAUACAGCGAGAGAGAGAGUGAGAGAGCCCAACCCACUUCUACAAAACCAUUCAACACUGCAUAGUGAGCAGUCCCAGACCUCUCGUGAGCACGCUGCUUCCCCAGGGCUCCUCCAGAAGCUGCCUGCCUUUCCCAUACAAACUUCCCAAGGACCCAGAACGAGAGACUCAGAGAGAGAGAGAGAGAGAGAGAGCGAGAGAGAACCACUACAAGUCAAACUACUGGCAGAACUAUUCAUCCUCUUCAGUCAGCACCUCUCUUCACAACAGCUCAACAAGGAUUACCUCUUUUCUGCUUUUUGUUCUAGUUCAGAUCUAUUUUUUGUUUUUUAUUUCUUUCAGACUGAGCACAUCCACAGGUAGAAGACAAAUUUCAGUUACUGGAGAGAAAGCCUUUUGACCAAGGAACUUUUCAAAACUUCAUUUUUUAAAAAUCUUUUUCAUGCUGGUCAGUCAGACUGUCCGGCUAGUCUGCAUCACUCCUCCAGAGUCUGCUGCCCAUUCUCCAAGGAUGACGCUCCUGCCAGCCCUUAGUGGGGCACUGCUGCUCCUGGUUCACUGUUGCUCCAUCAGUGCCAUGGCUACCUCGGGCUCCCUGCCGUCCGACUGCCCAUCCUGCGCCCUGUCCCGGCUCCGGCGGGGCGGCCCGGAUGCACUAGUGGAGGAAGCAGAGGCACAGCAGGACGUGGUGGAGGCAGUGAAGAGACACAUCCUCAGCAUGCUGCACCUGCAAGCUCGGCCCAACAUCACUCAUCCGGUGCCCCGCGCCGCCCUGCUCAACGCCAUUCGUAAGGUGCACGUGGGCCGCGUGGCCCAGGAUGGCAGUGUCCUGAUUGAUGACGAGCCUCACAGCCGCCAGGAGGCUGAGAGCGCUGAGCAGACCGAAAUCAUCACCUUCGCCGAAUCUGGUGAGGCCCCAGGCCUGAUAAACUUCCUCAUCUCCAAGGAGGGGGAUGAGAUGUCUCUGGUGGAGCAGGCCAACGUGUGGCUUUUCCUGCGGCUUCCGAAAGGCAACCGCACUCGGACCAACGUCACCAUCCGGCUCCUGCUGCAGCUACCAGGAUCUGGAGAGAAGCUUGUGGCUGAAAAAGCUGUGGACACACGACGCAGCGGCUGGCACACCUUCCCCGUGGCGGCGAGUGUGCAGUCCCUGCUGGAGCAAGGUGGCAGCAGUGCCCUGAAGCUGCGCGUCUCCUGUCCACUGUGUGCUGACGCACGGGCCACACCAAUCCUGGUGAACCCAGGGGGCGGAGAGCGGGAACAGUCGCACCGGCCCUUCCUGAUGGCUGUGGUGCGGAAAGUGGAGGAGCAGGGCCCCAGGAGGCGCCGCAAGAGGGGCCUGGAGUGUGACGGCAAGGUGCGCGUUUGCUGCAAAAGGCAGUUCUAUGUCAACUUCAAGGACAUUGGCUGGAACGACUGGAUCAUUGCGCCGUCUGGCUACCAUGCCAACUACUGCGAGGGUGAGUGCCCAAGCCACAUCGCCAGCAUCACUGGAACGUCGCUUUCUUUCCAUUCCACCGUCAUCAACCACUACCGUAUGCGUGGCUAUAGCCCGUUCACCAGCAUCAAGUCAUGCUGCGUGCCCACCCGCCUUCGUGCCAUGUCCAUGCUCUACUACAAUGAAGAGCAGAAGAUCGUCAAGAAGGACAUCCAGAACAUGAUCGUGGAAGAGUGCGGCUGCUCAUAAGGUGGCCUGCAGAGAAAUAAAUGAGAGCAGAGAGGGAGACAAGGAGCAAUGAAGGGAAAGGUGGGAGGACCAGGGCAAGAGCACGGACUUGUGCCCUGACAGCAAGGACAUGGACAAAAAAAGAAAAAAAGGGAGCGAGAUGGAGGGGAGUGGGAAAGAGCACCACAGUCCCGCUGUCUCCAUCUCUCUAUCGCACUCAGUUGCAAGAUAGACUCUCAUGCAACAGCAGGCCUCUUUCUCGACAUGGCGGCCACUUACGCUCGGCGUUCCUGUGGGUGUCUGUAACUUGGAGCAGUUUCUGUGGCACUUUCAGAAAAGAAAAGAGAAAAAAAAAGAAAAUAUAAUAUAUUUUUGCUACAAUGCCAGGGGCAAGAUAAUAUUUAUGAGAGUGAGAAUGCAGAGCAGUCCCUCUCUGAACAUGCCCUGCAUAAAGAGAGACCACGAUGAUGAGGUGCCUGAAAAAACCCCAGAAAAUCUCAAACUAUGCAACUUGUCAAGUAUUAAGAUUUAUUUUUCAUCAACGUGUUGUUUUGUUUCUUUGCUAUUUACUUUUACAACUUAAAAAAGAGGAAGUUGAGUUUUUGUACUUUUUUUUAAACGUAUGUUUGAUAUUGUGUGUUUGUGUAUGUGUGUGUGUGUAGGUGUGUGUGUGUGUGUGUGUGUGUGUGUGUGUAGUGUGUGUUGUUGAGAGAUACUUGAAAGAAGUUUGACGGGCUGCUGGAACCAAACAUUUCUGUUUAUUAUUAUUAUUAUUAUUAUUAUUAUUGUUAUUAUUAUUCUAAUUAUUAUGACUUGUAU